AUGUCUCAAUCCGGUGCGACCGUUUCCCAGGAGUGCAUAUCCGCCUACAAUGACUUGAAGCUCAAUAAGAAGUACAAGUACAUCGUCUUCAAGCUCUCCGACGAUAACAAGCAGAUCGUCGUCGAAGAGGCUUCCGAUAACUCCGACUGGGAGGUCUUCCGCGAGAAGCUCAUCAACGCCACCACCAAGUCCAAGACUGGUGCCGUUGGCAAGGGACCCCGCUACGCCGUCUACGAUUUCCAGUACAGCCUUGCCUCUGGCGAGGGUGACCGCAACAAGAUCACCUUCGUCGCCUGGUCUCCCGAUGAUGCCGGCAUCCAGGCUAAGAUGAUCUACGCUUCCUCCAAGGAGGCCCUCAAGCGCAGCCUUACCGGUAUCGCCACCGAGCUCCAGGCCAACGAUUCUGACGACAUCGAGUACGACACCGUCCUCAAGACCGUCUCCAAGGGCCUCGCCUAA